CAGAUGGUAGAGAGAGAUAAUCCAUCUCUCUUUCGAUAAUCCUUUCUAACUCUUCCCUGAUUAACCUCCGGUUUCCUUUAAACAUCCUGACAGAGAGGAAAAGGGACGCGGCACGGGCGACGUGCGCACUUAGCUCGGCCGGAGGGGAGACCCUGAGUAAUCUCCACAAAGAAGGGGGGAAAAAAUUACAGCAAAAAUGUUAGGUAAAGUAGUUGUAUCGGGUAUUUCGAUCAUCCUCGUCGUCGGUGUUGUCAUCGGCGUCGUCGCAGGAGUCCAUAAGUUUGGGUCCGAUGGUGACUCUGGCGAGAAGUUGUCGCCGCAGAUGAAGGCGGUUUCCACCAUCUGCGCACCGACCGAUCACAAGGAGCUCUGCAUGAAGAGCCUGAGCACGUACGCCGCAAACGGCACCACCAACCCUAAGGAGCUCAUCAAAGCGGCAGUGCUCGCCACCCUCAACGAGAUGAAGGGCUCGUUCAACUUCUCCGAGUCUCUGGCCGCCAAUGCCACCGAAGCCAGGGUCAAGAUGUCGCUGGAUGACUGCAAGGACCUGUAUCAGUUCGCCAUCGACGAGCUCCAGGCCGCUUCUUCCUUCGUUGGUGACAGCGAUCUCCACACCAUGAAUGACCGUGUUGCUGAGAUACAGAACUGGCUCAACGCCGUCGUGUCUUACCAGCAGUCCUGCCUGGACGGCGUCGAUGACCCGAAGCUCAAGGUUGACAUGCAAAACAACCUCCAGAACGCGACUGAGCUCACGAGCAACGCACUCGCGAUCGUCUCGGAGAUAUCCCAAGUCCUCGCCGCCUUCAACAUCAAGCUAAACCUCCCCUCCAACUCCCGCAGGUUGCUGAGCAUGGACCAGGGUGGGAAUUAUCCUUCGUGGUUCUCGGCCGCGGACAGGAAGCUGUUGGCGAAGGUGGACAACGGAAGGAUCCAGCCGAACGCAGUGGUGGCCAAGGACGGGAGCGGGCGGUUCAGGACGAUCGCGGCGGCACUGGCAGCGUACCCCAAGGGGCACCGAGGGAGGUACGUGAUCUACGUGAAGGCCGGGGUGUAUGAUGAGUACAUCACGGUGGACAAGGACCAAGUGAAUGUGUUCAUGUACGGAGAUGGACCCAGGAGGACCAUUGUGACCGGUCACAAGAACAAGGCUAUUGCCGGCAUUUCCACAUGGCAAAGCGCCACCUUCUCUGCCAUUGGUAACGGAUUCCUCUGCAAGUCCAUGGGAUUCCAGAACACCGCGGGCUACAGGGGCGAGCAGGCCGUGGCGCUGCGCGUCCAGUCCGACAUGUCCGCCUUCUUCAAUUGCCGCAUGGACGGGUACCAAGACACCCUCUACGUCCAGACCCACCGCCAGUUCUACCGCAACUGCGUCAUCUCCGGCACCGUCGACUUCAUCUUCGGCGACUCGUCGACCGUCAUCCAGAACUCCCUCAUCAUCGCCCGCAAGCCUGGCCCUGGCCAGCUCAACACCAUCACCGCCCAGGGCCGCGAGGAGCGGUUCGAGACCACGGCGCUUGUCCUCCACAACUGCAGGAUCGUCCCCGAGACGAAGCUCUUCCCCCAGCGGUUCGCCAUCAAGACGUACCUCGGCCGCCCCUGGAAGCAGUACGCCCGGACCGUGUUCAUGGAGUCGACCCUCGGCGACUUCAUCCAGCCCGCUGGGUACCUCUCGUGGAACGGUGACAACACGUGCACCUAUGCGGAGUACGGCAACCGCGGUGUCGGGGCCCGCACCAACGGCAGGGUCAAGUGGAAGGGCGUCCGGGUCAUCAGCAGGAAGGAGGCUCUGGCUUACACCGCGGGCCCGCUCCUUUCGGGCAAUCUGUGGUUGAAGUACACCGGCUUCCCAUUCAUGCUUGGGUUGAGGCACUAGAGACAUGAACCCACUGAGGAUUGAGGAUGAGUGAAGAGUGAUUGUACCAUUUGUACCUUCGGCUAUUGAGGAAUCCAUGUGAAAUUCACGAAAAAGAGCCCGAAUUUACUUAAAUCCCAAUCCAAGUUUGCUACUC